UCGGGGCGGUGGGGAGGUCGCAAUCGCGACCCCGAGGGCACUGACCAGCCGUGGGAGGCUGGGUUCCCCCGAGAGCGCGUCCUUCUACAGACCUCUGCGCGGCCGCGCUUCUUAGCGUCCUGUCGUUUCCGUGGCGGCAGCGAGGGGCACGGAGGGGGCGUCGGGAAUUGGCCUUUCCGGGGACCCUCAGCCAGUAACCGCAGGAAUUGGAAAUGGAAAGGCGGCAUCCUCUGGGUUUGCUGGAGUUUUGGAAGCAUCACAGGCAGCUAUGGAGACGCCGUCUCACCCACAGGCAGCUGCUCAUUUGAACAAGCGAGCUGGGAAUAGUGUGUUGCUUCCUUCAUCAUCCACUUCAGGCCCUGCACCCAUAAUGCUAACUGUACCAGACCAUGUCCUGUAUCUAUCACUAGUGUGUGAAUGACAGAGGUGGUGCCUUCCAGUGCUCUCAGCGAGGUCAGCCUGCGCCUCCUCUGCCACGAUGACAUAGACACUGUGAAGCACCUGUGUGGCGACUGGUUCCCCAUUGAGUACCCAGACUCAUGGUAUCAUGAUAUCACAUCCAACAAGAAGUUCUUCUCUCUUGCUGCAACCUACAGAGGUGCUAUCGUGGGAAUGAUAGUAGCUGAAAUAAAGAAUAGGACCAAAAUACAUAAAGAGGAUGGAGAUAUUCUAGCCUCCAGCUUCCCUGUGGAUACGCAAGUUGCAUACAUUCUAAGUCUGGGAGUAGUGAAAGAAUUCAGAAAACACGGCAUAGGUUCCCUUUUAUUAGAAAGUUUAAAGGACCAUAUUUCAACCACUGCCCAGGACCACUGCAAAGCCAUCUACCUACAUGUCCUCACCACCAAUAAUACAGCAAUAAACUUCUACGAAAACAGAGACUUUAAGCAGCAUCACUAUCUGCCCUAUUACUACUCCAUCCGAGGUGUCCUCAAGGAUGGCUUCACCUAUGUUCUCUACAUCAAUGGCGGCCACCCUCCCUGGACCAUCUUAGACUAUAUCCAGCACCUGGGCUCAGCACUAGCCAACCUGAGUCCCUGCUCCAUCCCACACAGGAUCUACCGCCAGGCCCACAAUCUGCUCUGCAGCUUUCUGCCAUGGUCCAGUAUCUCCACCAAAGGUGGCAUCGAAUACAGCCGUACCAUGUGAUACCACUGGGGCAGCCGCCCCCAGGCCUCUGCACUUAGCACUCUGUGGAGCCUGUUUUCCUGUCUGUCUGACUUCUCCUGUCCUUUGCAAGGAGCUGGUGGCCACCUGCCAGCCCAUCGGCCUGCCCCCACUGUAGGCCCGGUGCUAUGCUGGCUCAGGAGCAGAGUGUAUGCCUGGUCUUCAACAGGCCCUCCUUCCUGCUUCUGGAAACUUCUUCCACCUGGAGCCUUUGUCCUGCCUCCAUGCACUGGCACCAUCCAAUGGCCUGGCAGGUAUUGGCUAUAUUCACUGGAAAAGGGCUUGCCGGGCCUCUUCUCUGCCUCCUGCUCCUUCAUCUUCCUACAAAAUGGACUGAACUUUGCUGUGAAAAGAAUGUGGAUGCCUUUGACCCUGAAGACACAGGAACGUUAGAAUAAAGAGGCACAUCAAAGCGAAUGCGAGGUUUUUGUAUAGGAAUGUCAUAAAGACACUUAGACGAUGGAAGCAGUUCUCCUCCAUGAAAGGCUGGAGGCUGGGACUGGCCCUUCACAAGAACUUAAAGCUUCAGGAAUCAGUCCUCACCAUAAACAGUUAGAUGGGCAGUUAACUGUUCCUCAGGUCUCCUGCUGCCCACUUCGUAAUGUCCAGAAGGAGCAUCCUGUCUGUUGAAUCCUGGCAUGCUCCAUAUAGCCGACCUACACUGGGAGCUGGGCCAAGUACAGGUAGCUUUUGGCUUCUGGGUUCCUUCCUUGCUCAACCUUAUAGAAGCUGAAAGCUUCAAGGCCUGGCCACAUGCAGACAGGAGGAGGCUGAGCUUCAUUGGGUGUCUCUGCUACUGUGGACCCAUGGGACUUGGGGCAGAAGGCACUUGGUGCCUGUGGACCUUCAGCAUCCCUUCCCUUCUGCCCCCAAAUGUUUGCUGCCCCGCAUUGCUGCAGUGUCACAGGAGCCUUAGCAGGGCUCCCUCACUGUGCCAGACUGAUUAGGACCAGCUCUAUUGACAGGUCGCAUUACUGACUGCUUCCCUCCCGCAGCAUCUCCUGGCUCGGAACCCUCAGGCCCCAGAGCCAGCCCAAGGCUGCUUGGCCUCAGAGAGGGAUACUCACAAGGCAGGAAAAGCAUUCCCCUUCCUCGACAGAACUGGCCAGCAGGUGGCCAGUCCUGACUGGUUUCAGUUGUGUGCUGAGGCCCCGCCCUGUGUCCCUUUCCUUUUCAGUCAACGGUGAUCAUGUGAUUUUCAUUUCUGCCCUGUGUGGUCAAGGGGGCCUUCUAGGAAGUUCUGACUUGGACAUACUUAAAUCCAACUCAAAAGCCUUGACCUGUCUAUCCCUCCCUCCUGUCCCCUAAUUACUGCAGUGUCCAGCCCAGUGUUGAACAAAUUGUAGUGUGUAGUCUCGUUACAAACAAAUAAAUAAUUUCACUAGUCUCA